AUGAAAAACGAUUCCGCCUCAGAUCUCAAGGCCAGUCCUGAGAUUAAAGAUGGGACACAACAACAAGCAAUGCCAAGCAAAGACUCAGUAGACCAAGCUGCUGAAGUAGUCCCUUCAAUCACAGAAAAGACCAAGGAGGACCCUACCACUGAGCCACAUGAUGGCUCCGGGUCCCCAAGCAAGAUUUCCAAGGUAUCCCCUUCCAACACCAAGAAGCGAGGCCUGCCCGAACCUGAUACAGCUUCCGAGCCCAUCACACCUGUAUUCCCCAGUCCAGCCGACAUGCCUGCGACUGCUUUUGACAAAGCGAACUGGCAGGGAUUCUGCGACAUCGAAAGUGAACCCGCCUGUUUCUCUGUCAUCCUGCGUGAGAUGGGUGUUCGCGAUGUUACUGUACGCGAAGUAUUCAGUAUGGAUCCAGAAUUCCUUCUUGUCAACAUUCCCCAACCCAUCUACGGCUUCAUCCUCCUUUUCCACUACCGCGAGUUUGGCAACGACGGCCAGGCCACGGAGUGUCCCAAGGAUGUCUGGUUUGCCAACCAAUUGCCUGCUCAAAACAGCUGUGCGACACUUGCCAUGAUCAACAUCUUAAUGAACCAGAGCCACGAGGCCGAUAUACGUAUUGGAGAGCAUCUAACGCAAUUCAAGGACUUCACACAGGACUUGUCACCGUAUCAGCGCGGCGAGGCCUUUGCGAGCUUCGACUUUGUAAAGAAAAUUCACAAUUCUUUUGCGAAGAAGAUGGAUAUCCUCGAGGGGGACAAACAUCUCAGCUAUAAAGUCAAGCGCGCUCAGCGCGUCAAGGCCCAAUUGCUGUCAGAGAAGGCCAAACCUACCAAGAAAGGAAGCAAGUCGCGUCGCGCUGCUUCUGCCGAUACUGUGGUCAGCAAUGAUAGUGCAGAGAGCGUUGAAGACAACGCACAUCACUAUAUUGCUUUCGUACCUGUUGGAAACGAGGUCUGGAAACUGGAUGGCCUGGAUAAGCAGCCAACGUGUAUGGGCUCUUUUGACCCCCAGCAGGGAGAGACGUGGUUGGAGUCAGUUUCCAACACAAUUUCUGCCCUCAUGGCAGCUGGAGAUGACGACUACGGUGUUAUUGCGCUGACACAGUCUCCUCUGCUUUCACUACGCAAGAACGCUAGUCUGACGAUUAACACUCUCUCGCACGUUGACGCACGCCUCGACAACGUCUCUGCUGCUGCAUCGCAAGACUGGAGAAACCUUGUUGACGCAAAUGAACAGCCGCCUGAUCCUCACAUGCUAGGCUUCGAGGAACAUCUAGCCGAUAGCCCCAUUUCUCCUACUGUCAAAACGACCAUCGACAGCGAAGACUUGACUCAACUCCUCGCUCGUCGUAGUUUAUUGCUAGCGGAAGCUAAUCAACUAGCCGCGAACAUCAUGAUGGAGAUGCAAAAUGAAGCAGAAGAGAAUUUGAAGGCUACGCAACGGCGGUACGAUUCUGGUCCAGUCAUCAAGAAGUGGCUCGAAAUGUUGGCAGAGAAUGGUUUUCUGGAGGAAAACCUAGACCGCUUCAUGCAAGGGAAAGGAAAGAAGUGA